GAUGGCCCACAAGGGUCACAGUGCGAGAAUUUUUUAUACACUGCGCGAGAAUUCUAAAAUGUGCGAGAAUUUUCCACUACACUGCGCGAGAGCUUAUAAACUAUGCGAGAAUUUUUUUGUACACUGCGCGAGAAUAUUCAACAAUGCGCGAGAAUUUCCAAAUAUUGCGAGAAAAUUUAUAUAGACUGGACGAAAAAAUAUUUUAAAUAUCGCAGGCCUACAUAUCAUCGAUCUGGUCUUUAAAAUUAAUUUUCUUUCGCGCUUUUUUUCUCUUUUAAUGGAAACAGCAUGGACUUUCGAAAGCAUAGCUCGAAGCCAUAAUGCCUAUACCAACGCACUUGCCAUGCAUUUCAGUGAGUGUUAACAGUGAUCGUGAUUCUUUGAUAUCGCAAUACUUCUCUCAAGACAUGACAAAUCUUGAAAUAAUAUCUUUUCUUGCAAUUCAUCACAGUAUUUACAUAAGUUUGUCAACAUUGAAAAGAAGUUUAAGAAAAAUGGGCUUGAGACGACGCAUUGGUCAGUACGAGUCCAGAGAGGAAGUGAUUCAAGCGAUUUCAAGUGAAUUGACUGAAAGUGGAAAGUCACUAGGCUACAGAAAGCUGUGGAAGGCCAUAAAGGCAAACGGAAUACCAGCCAGAAGAUCAUCUGUCAUGGAAAUUUUAAGAGAGUUGGAUCCAGUAGGAGUUGAAAGUCGCGCAAAGAAACGGUUGAGGCGCCGAAUCUACAGCGUACCUGGGCCAGAUUUUUUAUGGCACUUGGACGGGCAUGACAAACUGAAGCCCUACGGUUUCAGUAUACACGGUUGUAUUGACGGGUUUUCCCGCCGAUUAAUUUGGCUCGAAGUUGGACCCACAAAUAAACGACCAGAAGUUGUUGCCAACUAUUUCUUAGAAGCUGCAACCCAGUUGAACAGACUACCUACUAGAAUAAGAAGCGAUGACGGGACCGAGAACAGCAUAAUCGAGGCCAUUCAGAUAUGCAUGAGGGCUGAUCACACGGAUGAGUAUGCUGGUCUCGGCAGUUUCAUCGUGGGAUCCUCUCCGAACAAUCAAAGGAUUGAAUGUUUUUGGUCGCAGUUGGCCAAGGAUAGACCAAUGUGGUGGAGAGAGUUUUUUGCAGAGCUUUCUGGGAUGGGCUAUUUGGAUGGUGGCAAUGUAUUGAUUGCUCAAUGCGCUCGUUUUUGUUUCAUGCACUUGAUUCGAAAAGAUUUAGAUGAUAUGGCGGUGCGCUGGAAUCAACAUAUCAUUGCACCGAGCAGAGGUUCAACCCUACCACGCGGACGUCCAGAUACCUUACAUUUUAUACCAGAGCUAUAUAAUAGCAAAUCAUACAAGAAAUUUGUUGACAUUAGUGACAUCAGCGAAUUCAACGAUCCUACAUUUGCUAUUGCUGUUGCAGACAACGAGCCUGAGUUUAUUGAAUUUGCAGACACAGUCCUUGCAAUGAAAGGACACCCAAAUGGACGUCCAAGUACAAUUCAGCAAGCCUUAGAAAUAUACUUUCUUUUACUUGAUGCUGUAGCAGAAUUUAUGUAGAUAACAAUGUAACAAGUUGGUGUUGAAAAAUACAGAUGUAAUCUUGAAAUCUUCAAUCUUGAAACAAAAUGUUUAAUACAUUUGAAACAGCUCUAUUAAAAGUUAAAAUAAAAAACAAAAUAGAAGAAUGGUCCAUUAUCAAUGAUAAAAAGCACUGAUUCAGCUUCAUUAAAAAUAAAAUACAGAACAAAAUAGAGGAAAGAAAAUCUGUGUCAUUCAGAAUUAAAACACAACAAAAACAGAAGACAAAACAAAAGACACCCCCC